AGGAGAGGGUUUUGGAAGGAGUGUGAAUAAGAAGGGUGCCCCUAGAGCAGGAAGGCAUCUAUUUAUGUUUUCUUUUUUUGGACCUUGGAACGUUUAUCGGAGUUUAGGAGAAAAUCCGUAGCGUAAGCCCAGACCGGUAUCGGUUUCGUGUAUCGAACGCAGUGCGUUUAGUUUUAGUUCACCUUACGCAACGAAAGGGAAACGAUAGUGCCUUCCUGCCCUUCUUCGCUCGGAAUUUGUAGCCCAACAGCUGUUUUUUUGUGUGUUGUUGCUGUUGUCGUCGUCGUCGGGGGUUCAAAGUGUCAAACAACACAGCGUUGCGCUAUCGCAGAGCAUGAUUGCACGAAACGGAGGCAGCAUCAUUAUUCAGCGGUACGGCCGAUUACUAAUCAACGCGCUGCGUAUCACAAAAGAGGUGGUGAUCGGACACAAGAAUACGAAUUUCUUCCUCCGUCGGCUGCAUACGGCGGGCAGCAAACAAAAGCCCACGGUUUACAUCCGACCUUUGCUGUUCGUGACCUCUCUGUCGCUGUUUUCGUCCAAGGAGAGCAAACAAGAAUCACCCAAAACCACCAAAAUGGCCGAUGAAACGGUGAAGACCCUGAGCGAGACCAUCCAGCACGCCGAUCAGCUUUUCGACGAGAACAACUUCCAGGAGGCGUACGAUCUCCUGCAAAAGUAUCCGGCGCAGGAAACGUACGACAUUAAGUGGCGACUCGCGCGGGUGACCUUUUCACUUUCGAAACCCGCGCCAAGCCCGCGCAAGGAGGAGCUGGUGCGGGAAGCUUUCCGCUACUCGGAGGAAGCCCUCAAGCUGAACGACGGUGACUUUGCUGCCCACAAGUGGUACUCCAUCUUGCUGGACGCGAAGAGCAGCCUGGAGGGGAUAAAGGAGCGCGUGACGCAGCUGGAAACGGUCAAGCAGCACAUGCAGCGUGCGGUAGAGCUGAACCCGAACGACCCGACCAGCUGGUACAUCCUGGGCCACUUCUACUACGGGCUAGCGGAUCUGCCCUGGUACCAGCGCAAGAUUGUGUCGACGAUCUUUGCGACGCCGCCGACCGGUACGUACGAGCAGGCGCUCGAGUGCUUCGAGAAGGCCGAAGCCACGCAGCCCAGCUUUUACUCGAUGAACCAUUUGAUGCUAGCCAAAACGUACCAGGCGCUCAAGCAGGCGGAAAAGGCAAAAGAGUUCAUGACGCUGGCGGCCAACGUGGCCGUGCUGAACGAGGACGACAAGCAGUGCAAAGAGGAGGCAACGAAAUUGCUGAAAAAGAUGUAAAAAAAGGAUAGAUUUGGAUUCGAAGGUGGGCAUGGAGAAUGAUUAUUCAGACGGUUAAGGGACAUUUUAAUCUUUCGGCAAUACAGUUUUUCAUUGCUUUUUUACAAUAGUAUUUACAGAAAGAGUGUGAGAGAGAGAGUGGGAUAGAGAAUGUAACAAAAAUCGAAUAAAGGGCUCAUUCCAGCAAGGUGUAGUAGCAGAAGUUAUUGCUCCGGA